AUGACACCCAGCGGAUACGCGUACGAAGUUCCGUUCGAUGAUGGCAAUGAGAAACUUCAGCAGAUCCUCAAUGCAAUGGUCGAGCAACAGUAUUCAGUGCUGCCAUCAGACUCUCGAGAGAUUGCUAGAACCGCUGUGAGUGAGCGGCAUCAAGCAUCCAGGAAGGGUCAAAGUGCUCUUGCUCCCACUGCUAAAUUGGCUACGCGACGGAGUACGAGAAUAAGGGCGGCGAUCUCUCUAGAAGGAGAUGAUACCGUCUUCAAUAUGCCCAGAUCUACGAUUGAUGCAGACUCGGAUGAGGGCGUACAUUUGCCAAAAGACGACAACGAGAUCUUCUCCGUAACUAAAAGCAACACCACGGAGGCUCGCUUCAAUAUAAAACUGUUCAAUUGGCAGAACCCAUACUUACAGGUCGAUAUGAUGCCCGAUUAUAGACCGAGAUCGGCCACUGAGGAUGAUGCAACAUACGUUCACCUUAACGCGGAUGACCAUGUCGUCCCGAAUCCAGUCGAAGGCAAGAAAUGGAUCAGAUCGAGUCAGGAUUGGCACUCAUGGAAAAGGGACGAAGAAGUCUGGACGUUCAAGGCCCGCUUUCGAGUUUUUCGCACCGAUAUUAAUAGAUAUAAAGCACGGUCUGAAUAG